AUAUGAAUAUUGCAUGAAAUUCAGCGCUGUUUCUUCUUUAGCCCGCCUUUUAAUGACGAAUAACAGCCUUAUAGGUCAGCAAUCUCGUGUUGUGAAAAUACACUUCCUGCUGUUUCAGGAAAACAGAAGACAAGCAUGGAGUGGGAAUGUCUAUAACAGCACAACGUAGUGACAUUCUUUAUAUCUUUUUUUGCAGCAUCUAGAUGUGGCGGAGAAUCCUAAACCCUCUAGUGGUUAGCACCGUUCGUCGCACUUGGAGUUCAAGAGGUCUCUACACCAUGCAGCUGAAGACUAAAGAGUUCCAGUCCUUAUUCAGUGAAGGACUGAAUGGCAUAGCAGAGAUAUUUGAGAAACACCAGUUUGAGCUACGGAUAGCAGGGGGCGCAGUGCGGGACCUCUUGUCUGGGAAGCGGCCAGAGGACGUGGACUUUGCAACCACGGCGACGCCAGAGGAGAUGAAGGUCAUGUUCCAGAAUGCAGGGAUCAGAAUGAUCAACAACAAAGGGGAGAAACAUGGCACCAUCACUGCCCGGAUUCACAACGAGAACUUUGAGGUGACCACACUGCGCGUGGAUGUUCAGACGGAUGGACGGCAUGCAGAGGUGGAGUUCACUACGGAUUGGCAGAAAGAUGCAGAACGCAGAGACCUUACCAUCAACUCCAUGUUUUUAGGGUUAGAUGGGACUCUGUAUGAUUUUUUCCAAGGAUACGAGGACCUAAAAAGCCGAAAAGUUCGGUUUGUCGGCAGUCCUGAGCAAAGGAUUCAGGAGGACUACUUGAGAAUACUACGAUACUUCAGGUUUUACGGUAGGGUGUCGGUCCAUGCAGGGGAACAUGACCCCACCACCCUGCAAGCCAUCAGGGAAAAUGCCCAAGGCCUGGCAGCCAUAUCAGGGGAGCGCAUCUGGGUAGAGCUGAAGAAGAUGGUGGUGGGCCACCAUGCUGCCCACUUGAUAGAGCUCAUGUAUGACCUGGGCCUGCCCCAAUACAUAGGCUUACCUGCAGAGGGUGACGUGGAGGAGAUGAAGCGGGUCUGGCAAAAUGUAAAGGACCAUUCGCCCAAGCCAAUGACUGUGCUGUCUGCCCUGUUUUGCUGCUCGGAGGACGUUGAGAAGAUGGACCUGAGGCUGAAGGUCUCCAGGGAGGAGAAGAACCUGGGUCUGUUCCUCGUGAAACACAGACGUGACCUCCAUAAGUCCCCAGAUGAUCCAGACAGCCUGAAACCCUACACUGAUUUCAUCAUAGAUAGUCGGGAGGUGGAUGCUCAGAGUAAAGUGUGUGAAUUGCUUAAGUACCAGGGAGAGCACAAGUUACUGGCAGAGAUGAGCAGAUGGUCCAUCCCUCGCUUCCCUGUGAGUGGACACGACUUAAGGAAGAUGGGCAUCACCUCUGGCAAAGAGAUAGGCACUAUCCUACAGAACCUACGGGACGUGUGGAAAAAGAGCCGUUACCAGAUGGCCAAGGACGAGCUGCUUAAUAACGUCAACAGGUCAUGAUCACAGUGUUGGAAAGGGUACUAUUUAAUGAAGCUGCCAGGUUGAGGACCUUAGUUCCAUGAAGGGAGUAUCACACAGUACAAGAUACAAGAUCUUCAAUUUGUUGCCAAUUUCUUGCAUGGGUAGCCUUCAUUACUCAGAACAAGAAUAGACUGACAAGUUUCAGGAGGAAGUCCUUAGUUUCUGGCCAUAUUGAGCCUGUAAUUGUACCCACAAUUGCUGAUGUUUCAGAAACUCAACUAGUCUAAAAUCAGCACUAUAGCUUUCAGCUGUGCAAAUAUAAUUACAAAAGGGUUUUCUAAUGAUUAAUUUGCCUUUUAAAAUUAUAAACUUAGAUGAGUAAACCCAAUGUGCCAUGGGAACAGGAUUGAUGGUUGCUGAUAAUGGGCAACUGUAUGCCUAUGUAGAAUUUCCAUAAAAAAGCAUUGUUUUCUGGCUACCGUAGUCAUUUACUUGUAUUUCUGUAUGAUAGCAUUCAUUUAAUGUAUGAUGGUAAUUUGUGCAUACUUAAAAAAUUGCCUGGGUGCUUCAAAGAAAUGGCAUUUAUGGGAGUGUGGCAAAAAGCAAAAAAUGACAAAUCUUGGCUAUAGUUUGCCAGAAGGCAUUGGGGAGACCAAGUGGAAGAAAAUUCUAUGAUCUGAUGAGACCAAAAUAGGUGUCUAGCCCUCAACACUAAACAUAAUGUAUGGUACAAACCUAAAACCGCACAUCAACCCGAAACCAUAAAACCACCUUUUUCAUGCUUUAUGGUUGGUAAGAAGUUCUUCUGUUCAAAGGCAGUUUGAUUUUUGCCAAAAAUGGCAUGUGACCCAAACAACUCCACCUUUGACUUGUUGUCAGUAUUUUUUUUUUCUUUACCCAGGUUUUGUCUCGCAAACGUCAGUCCUGUCUUGUUUUGUCUCGCAAACAUCAGUUCUGUCUCUUUUGAGAGCAGAGGCUUCUUCCCUCCUGGCGUCCCAUGUAGCACGUUUGUGGUCUGAAAUUUUCUCUGUAGAUGAUCUGACGGACAGUGGAAUUAUGUACUUCAAAUACCUUAAAUGGCUUUGUAACCCAAAUUCUAACCCUCCCUGUCUCAUGGGCAUCCAUUAUCUUUCUGUUACCACACCCCCAUAGGGUUAAGACCAAACUAGACCAAGUUUCUAAUCUUUUUCUAUUUUGGUUUCUAAUCUUUUUCUAAAUCUUAUUUUAGCUAUGUUAUGUGAUGGUAAAGGUAGGUGUGUUAAGAAAUGUUCAGCUUUUCUCAAUCGCUUUGGCUGAUUUUUUUGGAAACAGUCAUAACAUUCUCUAAACUGUAAGUGCAAUCGUCACAAUAGUUUCAUGGGACAUCACAACUCUAUGGCAUGUCUGCAAAAUGUAGUAACUCACCCAAAACAUUUAAUUCAUGCUUCAAAACCUAUUUAUUGUGUCAAUAAAUUGGCCAGUGCCACUAAAAUGAUUUUGUUUUUGUCAUUGUGUGUGCCGUACUGGCCAAAUGUUUAGAUGUUUUUCCCGAACCACGUAAGCAGAGCGAUUGUCUCUUAAUGAGUGACUGACUGACUUAUUACCGCUUGUUAAAUAGUGUAGUGGUUAGAGACGUGGGCUCCCGAACUACAGGUCCCGCAUUCGCUUCCCGUUACAGUCAAAACGCAUUAUGCCUGAGGUUCAGGACCGAAAAAACUUUGCUGGCUACAACUUUACGUAGCUACGUAAUAGGAAGCUUAAAGUAAAACGGUUCUGGUGGGUUAUUAGGAUUUGUUCAGGAUAGACAAACACUUAACUGGCUUCACGAUUCUCUCGUCUUUUCACAUGACAAAAA